AUGCAGCACUACGGAGUGAAUGGAUAUUCUCUCCACGCCAUGAACUCGCUAAGCGCCAUGUACAACCUCCACCAGCAGGCGGCGCAGCAGGCCCAGCACGCCCCUGACUACCGGCCGUCCGUGCACGCGCUCACCCUGGCAGAGAGACUGGCUGACAUCAUCCUCGAGGCCCGGUAUGGCUCCCAGCACAGGAAGCAGCGGCGCAGUCGCACAGCCUUCACUGCCCAGCAGCUGGAAGCCCUGGAAAAGACCUUCCAGAAGACCCACUACCCUGACGUGGUGAUGCGUGAGCGCCUGGCCAUGUGCACCAACCUGCCAGAGGCCCGUGUACAGGUGUGGUUCAAAAAUCGCCGCGCCAAGUUCCGCAAGAAGCAGCGCAGCCUCCAGAAGGAGCAGCUCCAGAAACAGAAGGAGGCCAACGGAGAGGGGGGUGACAAGGACGAUGUCAAGACCAAGGACACCUCCACCACAAGUGUGCCCUCCACCCAGAGCCCUUCACCUCCCUCGUCCUCCACGUUGGAGUCGAAGCAGCCCCAGCCUGCAGAGAUGAACGUGGAGGUGAACGUCACCUCCCCGGAGCCCUCAGACAGCGAGUCGGCCGCCGAAGACAACGGUGAGGGAGAGGAAGAGCUGAGGAGGGAGAGGCUGCAGGAGGAAACGCAGCAGCAGCUUCAGGGGGAGAUGCAGCAGGGGGAUGCAGGGCUGCAGCCGGGAGGCGGCUCUCCGUCCUGCAAACGCCUCAGCUCCACAUCAGACUCUCCCCUGGGCUCUCCCUCCCUCCCUUCCUCCAGUGGUGGCAUGGGCAGCAGUGGUCUGUCCCAGGGCUCCUACGCCUCGUCCCCCCUCAGCCUCUUCCGCCUGCAGGAGCAGUUCCGCCAGCACAUGGCCGCCACCAACAACAUGGUCCACUACCCUUCCUUCGACAUGGGUACCCCCUCCUCCCUGCCCUACCUAGGCAUGAAUGUCAACAUGCCCUCCCCCCUGAGCUCCCUGCCCUGCCAAUCCUACUACCAGUCCAUGUCCCAGGCAUCCCUGUCCCAGGCCCAGCAAGUGUGGAACAGCCCCCUGGCAGGUCUCCAGGCUCCUCCGGGCAGCAUGCCCAGCCUCAACAGCAAGACCACCAGCAUCGAGAACCUGCGUCUGAGGGCCAAGCAGCACGCAGCCUCCCUGGGCCUGGACACACUACCCAACUGA